CCAGAAAUUUGGAACUGUGGGUUAUGUUUUUCUGGGGUGACAGUGAAGGUUACCUGGAUACAAGAACUCAGAACAGUGAGACUUUGUGCAGCUAUAGGCAACUGCAGGCACUAAUGCCAAUGGAUUUGUAAAAUGGACCUCUCUCUCUUAUUUGUAGCGAGAGCUGAAUUUAUGCAACUUGCAUGAUCAAACAAACGUACACUGCGCACAGUUUCCUGACACGGAAAUGUGUGUGCAGGAAGUAGCUUGGUGAACACUUAUACUAGGGCUUCUCUGUCCAUUCCCUUAACAUACGACUCAUAUGAACUCCCUGGACUAACCUCAUAACAUCAGAAUUGAUCAAGGAUUUGUGUUUUACUCAACUUGGCUGCAAUUCAGAGCUGGAUAAAUAGGAACCCUGCUGCUUUCAGACUAAAACACGGAAGACCCAGUCAUGGGAGACCCUGAACCAAGUGGUCUCAACCAUCAAGUGAGAGGAUCUGAAAACAAGAAGCGGUACAGUGAGAUUUUCCGAAGUUUGGAUGCUUUAGAAAUCUCGAUCGGAAAUGCGACAGCUGACAUGUUCAUUGGUGACUCAGAGAGCACUGACACCACAGACCUGACCCCAGAGAGCAAGGUGCUCCUAGUGGAGGAAAGCAAAAGCAAUUUGGAGGAGUAUAUGCAGACAAACAUCACAGUUGAAGAGGCUGAUGAGAUGCUGAUAAAAUGUGAAGGUGGUGUUGAUGCAGCCCUGGAAUAUGCCAAAAUGUGGUGUAAAUAUAUCAAAGAACUGCUGAGCUGGAUUGACAAACGCCUGAAUUAUGAAAUAGAGUUUGCCAAAAGCAUUGUGAAGAUAGCAGAAUCAGGCCGAUAUGCCAUUAACCAACAGGUCUGCAUGCCACUCCAGCUACUCUACAGUUUGGUCCUGGAACAUGACAUCAAGGUUGGGAGUUCAGAGAUGGAGACCGCAGGGGCUUUGCAGCUGAGAGAAUAUUACCAGCCACUCGCAGCCAAGAGGAAUGAAAUUGAGAAGUGGAGGAAAGAAUUCAAAGAGCAAUGGCUAAAGGAACUGAAAAGAAUGAAUGAUUCCCUGUCAUCCUUGCGCAAAUCCCGCCUGCAUUACAUACAGCGCUGUGAGGAGCUGGAGAAAGCAAAGCUGCUGAGCGCCAAGGCGGAGGAUGAGUACCAGAGCACAGCAGCAACCCACGCUGGCAGUGCCAACAAGCAGCUGGAGAAACGGCGCCGCUCACGUGAGGAGGCACAACUGAAGGUUCAGGAAACCGAAGCUUCUUACAAGAUGUGCAUCAAUGAUACCAACUUUCGUCGGCAGGAGUUGGAGAAGGUGCGGGAGAGGAUUAUCUCCCACAUCCGGAAACUCAUUUAUCAAGGGGAUGAGGUGCUGAAACGGGUCACCUUGAGGAUGUUCAAGUUGCAGCAGAACCAGACGGAGAAGAUUCCAGAGGGGUACGAGAACAUGACCGAGUACUGCAAGCCCUACAAAGUGGGUGAGAAGUACCUGGAAUUCAUUCAGAAGCUGAAAAAGAAAGAGAUCCCCAUGGAGGUGUUUGAAUUUGAAGCAUUUAUUCCUGCAGGGAGGAGGUCUCCUCCUAGUGGCAGAAAAAAGAAUGCUGUGCAAUAUUCCUGCAUCUCGUCCUUUGCAACCGAUCAGAGCAGCUUCACUGAAGAUGCAUCAGGAAAGCAGUUUUCCACAAACAGUGAACAAAGUGCAAACAAAUCCUACAGUGACACAGAGAGCCUGGGUGGGAGCUGGGAAUCCCGGUCCCUGGACUCUCCCACCUCCAGUCCAGGGCACCAGUCUAGGAAGUUGCUAAAAGCUUCAUCCACAGGCACCAUGUCCUCGUCCGAUGAUUUUGAAGAGAGAGAUUCUUCUCAAACAUAUGAAAAUGAAAAUGGAUCGUCGCAGUGUCAGUUUAAGAACAUCUCUCUGUCAAGCGCAGCACAGACCCAUCGGCUGCGGAAGUUGCGGGGUCCAUCCAAGUGCAGGGAAUGUGAAACCUUUAUGGUCAGUGGCACGGAGUGUGAAGAGUGCUAUCUGACCUGCCACCGGAAGUGCCUGGAGAACCUCCUGAUCACUUGUGGCCACAAGAAGCUGCCCAGCCGAGUGCCUCUCUUUGGCAUCGACUUCACACAGGUCCCUCGGGAUUUUCCCGAAGAGGUCCCGUUCCUGGUUGUGAAGUGCACCGCAGAGAUCGAGGCGCGUGCCCUCGGAGUGCAGGGGAUCUAUCGGAUAAGUGGGGCCAAGGCCCGGAUGGAGAAGCUCUGCCAGGCAUUUGAAAAUGGGAGGGAGCUGGUGGAGCUCUCGGAACAUUCUCCCCACGACAUCACUGGUGUCCUGAAGCAUUUCCUGAAAGAGCUCUCAGGGCCAGUGCUCUUGUCUCGGCUCUAUGAUGAAUUAAUCAUGCUUGCCAAAGACCUGCAGAGACCUGGGGAAAGGAAGAGAGACAGCUCCGAGUUCUCAGCAGAUCCCAUCCAGAGCAUGAAGGACUUGCUGAGCAAACUGCCUGGGACUAACUACAACACCCUGCGACAUCUCAUUGCACAUCUGUACAGGGUGGCUGAAAGAUACGAAGAGAACAAGAUGUCCCCCAACAACUUGGGCAUAAUUUUCGGGCCAACACUGAUCCGGCCUGGCUCAGGGUACGAUGUCUCCAUGUCGUGCCUCGUAGACUCUGGGUACCAGGCCCAUAUUGUGGAGUUUCUCAUUCUGAACUACGAGAGGGUCUUUGGGAUGGAUGACUUGCCUCUGUCCCUGUACGAAAACACUUCACAAGAGACCUUGGUGGAAAAGGACAAAGAGGAGCAGCACAGCCCUGAGAGAGCCCAGGGUGAGACCACAGAGAGUUUCUCCUUCAAGCAUGAUUCAAGUGAGGGCUCCGUGUCUGAUAAGUCGUCUUCCAGUGAAGCCGUCAAUGAGCUGACAAUGGAGGGAGCCCACAGCCCCCUGAGCACAGACCCCCUAGCUGUAAACAGAAGCAACAGCUCGGAGCUGGAGGAGACUGAGGAAUCAGUGCAUGAAAAGCCAGCCCCAGACUCGGAUUCAGUUCUAGGCACCCAACCCCGGGGGCACUUCAGCCGGCAGCCAGUGAAGUAUCCUCGACCAGCACAGGUCAAUACGAGGCCAAUCAUUCCCAACCCUUCCAGUUUGUCCUUGAUGGCUGCUGUUCUGUCUAGCGCAGGGAGGGAGGCUGAAGUGGAAGGCAGGCCUGCAGACUGCAGCUCCGUGGCAAAGGAAACCCUGGAGAAGAAAGGUGGAAGCAGCAGGAGUAGCUCCCCAGAGACCAGCAUGCUGCACCGCCAUCCUGGAGGCAAACAGCAGCUCAGACAUUUCGAGAUCACCCAGGAAACUGCCAGGAUCGUCUCCAAGGUUCAAACCAGCGACCCUUCCACAGAGUUCUCUCAGGCUUCCUUGGAAAGGACAAGCACGGACUGCAUUGAACCCAAACUAGGCCCUGACUUGGGGACACCAUCCCAGGGAAACCUGUGUGAACAGUGAGGCAGCCCUGCUGGAGACAGAGCUGCGUUGCCACAAGUGCUACCUACUAAUUGACGCCGACAAAGGAAGGGAGGUGAUAAGGCCCUGAUCCCAGCAUCUCUGCUAGGGUGGAAGACUGCAGGAAACAUCUGUUAUGCCUCAGCAGGCAAGCUGUGGGGCAGCCCAGACUUAGCUUUUUUACUGGUUAGCAAACUCCAAGCGCCCUUUAAGAAAUAAGUGCAGAGGCUCUGUUCAUGGAAAGCAAACAUCUGCUUCUGGCACCAGGUGUUUUCCUGCAAGGGGUGGGCUCUGUGAUAUCUGGACAGAGAAAGCAUUUACAUGGCUGCCAAUAUCUAUGCAGAGAGGAAGUGACUGUGAGAAUUGGGGAGUUGGAGAGGAAACACUCAUAAAUGGUCACUUUCUUGAAGCUACAAGCCUCCACUGAUUUGUUCCAUUCAAAGCAUCCCUCAUUUUUCAGCAUAAAUCCAGGGACGUAGAGUGUGUUGACAUGGUCUGUUCCCGGGGCUUCCACUGCUGGAAUUUCUGUUUUCUAUAAACACAGAUAAAAGCAUAAGUCAUUUUGAGAAGAAGAGACUGUGCCACCCAGUGAGCAGUAUCAGCGUGCUACUUUAUCUUAAUCCCAUCUCUCUGCUUUUCCAACAGACCCCUCCAUCUCUAGCAUCUCUUGAACAGCUGUUGCAACCACAAUCCCCUGAACCCAUUGCAGAAAGGCUUUCUGUGGUGUUCAGCAUUUUCCAUGCCUGGAUCACACCUUUCCCCACUCCCAUGCACUGCGAUCAUUCAUCACGGAGCCCUCUUCUGGUAGUGUCAGGAUCAAACUAUGCCCCUGGGACUUUUGUGUGAGGAAAACCUCAGGAUUGGGCCUCCAAUGAAUACAUGUAGUGAGCUAACACUGAAAUGUGUGAGCUAAAAUGAUGGGUCGCUAACCUGGAAUAAUUCAGGUCAUAGGAAUGUGCACUGUGAUCAACUGCAGUGGAUUUUCUUGGUUUCUGGUUAUGCACUGGGUGAAAUACACCCCUGGGGAGAUGGCAGUGUAAGGACUAGCCACCCAUUUAAGAGGGGUGAAUUUCUCCAGCAGUGAGCAACUGUAAGCCAGGACGCCCUAGGCAGAUGAUUAAAGCCUUGGUGUUACAUCUCUAAUUCUGUUCAAGAGCUCCUCUUUCUUUUGGUAAAGUUGGCCACCUUCUUUUUUCUCUAGCCUUGUCCAUCAUCUUUGUGUUUGUUCCUGUUUCUUAACAAGAUCCUAACAGAAACUCUAAGGAUUUAUUUCCAGCAGUUGUAGAGCUUGGGCCAAAAAAUGGGGAAUAUCACCCAUUCAUUCCACAGUAUGCCUCAGAAGAUGUGUAUUUAAUGUUAAAACAUGUGGCUUUGUGUUCUUGGAUAUUAAAUUAUCUUUUAACAAAAUGAGUUUCUGUGGUAAGUGUGUGGGAGCUUUGUUACAAGUUUUUGUGUCCUGCUUGCUUGUUAAAUGAGCCUUUGUGAAAUCCCUGAUUGGAUGUUCGUUGCCCAGUUGUCAUUAUUUGGUACUGCAUGU